AUGGUAAAAACCCCAAAGAAAGGAGAAGACAAGCCAAAAGUUGAAUCAGCAGGAAAGAAAGGAAAGAAGAGAUCUGAAACUUUUGCUCUUUAUAUCUACCGUGUCCUUAAACAAGUCCACCCAGAUAUUGGUAUCUCAAAAAGAUCGAUGAGUAUAAUGAACUCAUUCAUCAAUGAUAUUUUUGGUCCUUUUAUUUUAUAUAAAAUUCGUCUUUUCCUGAAUUAUUUUCCUUUUUAAUAGAAUUUUUUGAUAGAGGUCGCUUUGGAAAUGAGAAAUUUGCUGACACCAAUUUUUGAAAGAGUCUGUUUUGAAUCCAGCAAAUUAGUUAGGUAUCAAAAGAGAAGAACCUUAAGCAGCAGAGAAGUUCAAACCUCAGUCAGACUUAUUCUUCCAGGAGAACUCGCAAAGCACGCUGUCAGUGAAGGAACUAAAGCUGUUACUAAAUUCACAAGUUAA